AUGGUCCGCGACUAUCCCCGGGAUACUUUCCCUCGGCAAUGGCAUCAGGAGCGGCAUCCUGCCGACCCUCCGCCAGGGCUUCAUGACAUUAGCCAUACCCAAGCGGCCGACGCUCGUAGGCCGAUCGACAUUGGAAAGGCAUUGAGGGAUCAUUGCAAUAUCCCGGCUAGGCAUUACUUCGUUGCUGCUGUCCUGGAUGAUGGUAGCACGCAGACUUUCAGCAACAUUCCAUUGGGAGGACGGAACCAGCCAAAUCCUUCCAACAAAUUUUUCGGCAUGAAGGCGUUUGUUCGGCAUAUCCAAGGCGUCGACGCUGUUCCAAGCCCUAUGCAUGACGAUUCCGAAUUCAGCCUCGAGAGUGAUUACCACCAGUUCGGAGGCGGCUAUGGGCAUCGAUCACAAGACCGUCGCCGACAAGUUGGUGACAUGUACGACGAGAACGGCUACAAAACCCGCAAGAGGCAUCGAGGCGGCAUGGGAGGAUCCUACCGAAGGCAGGUCGACGACGACGACGAUGUGGUAGUGUCACAGGCAAACCCAACGAGGAAUCUCAGAGUCGGCAACGACAAGGAUGUGUGGGACUUCUACGAGCAACGUUUCAAGAACUGCCAGCAGACGGCUUGCAAACUCAUCGCUAAAGCCUGGGUGAAGGUCGUCGAGCCAAAGAAGCAAACGAAUCACCCGUAUACUGGCCAGGACGAAAAGGCCCCCGACUGGUGGCCGAAGCCAUGGGGUCCUACGAAGGAGGAGAAGGUCCGCCACAAGGAGCCCGAUCAUCUCUACAAAAGAGAGCGUGUCCAUUUACUGUGCCACAUCCUCCGCAUGAUCGUAGAGCCCCCUGAGAACCAGCAUCCCGCCAUCUUGAAGAUGAACUUGAACGUGCAGAAGCUCGAGGAUGCCACGACCGAGGCAAUGUCAGCAUUCUUUUCGGACAAAGAAAACAAGGCCAAUGCAAAGAAGAAGCCUUAUCUCGACGAGAUCUUCAAAGUUGCCAAGCACGAAGAAAGAUACAAGAGAAACGAGAUCGAUGGCGACUCAUAUGUCCAUGUUAUGUCAGAAGACAAAUUCCCAGAGAGCUAUCCAUCUGACACGGAAGACAACGGCUUCGUGAAGGAGGAGGAUGAGCACCACCCCUCCAUAACAUCAAGCACAUCGCCGUCAAAGACAGGAGCACCACACGACCUUUUGCACGCGUCGAGUAGCGACCACAGCCCAGCCGGGGCCCUUCCCAGCGGCGCCUACAUGAACGAAAUGCCGCUGCGUGGACAACAGUACUCAACCCAAAUGCUCCCCUCAAACAUCCACCCCGAUCAUCAUUUCGUGGAGGGCAGCAACAUUCACCCGCCUGGCGGUCUUCUGCCACAGGACUUGGUGCCGCCUCCCCAUGAUCCCCAUCGUCGGUCAUCUAUGUACACGUCUCCCAACGAAUAUCCAACCGCCGCCCCCACCGGGAUGUACACUCAGCCUUGGCAGGGGGGAUCAACUGCCCCCAAUGGCGCAUCUGUGUAUUCCUUCACGGCGCAACAGCCGGGUCCUGCUCCGGGACACUUUGGCAAUCACAGUGUUCCUUUGGCACAGAAUCAGUACGUGCCUUCGCCCUACGAUGGGAUGCCGAGAGGUGGCUUCGAUCAGGGCACAUGA